UGGAAGGGUUGAAGGGAGAAAAUGGAAAAUGCAGUGCAAUUGUUAUUUAAUUAGACUUUUAGAAAGGGGUUGGAAGGUUGGCUCAGCAGUAGUUAGUGCUUACUGUUUUUGCAGAGAACUCAGGUUCAGUUAUAGGCACACUCAUGGUGGCAUUCAAAACUUCCUCUGGACUUCAGGAAACAAAAUGUAUUUGGUGUCAUGGUGUACUAAUUAAUUUUUAUUGCCAGCUUGACAUAAACUAGCAUCACCUUGGGAGAGGAAAGUUCAAUUUAGGAACUAGAUUGAUCCGAUGGGCCUGCAGUGGUGUCUGAGGGAUACUUUUGAUGGAUUUGGGAGGGUCUAAUCCAGAAUGGGCAGCAACAUUCCUUAGCAGAUAUUCUUAGUGUAUAUAAGAAUGCUAGACAGCCCAGCCACCGCCUUCACAGGGACUAAUGGAGUUAGAAGCCAUAGAACUCUGUCCUUAUGACCCAAACCACAGGAUACCAGCCAGCAGGUUACAAUACCAUCUGGCAUCAUGCAAAAAUAAAAAUCCAAAGAUAGCUAAAAAGAUAGUUAACUGCAAAUAUAAUGUUUGUCACGUGGUCCCAAUCAAAAGACUCAAGGAACAUGAGGCCAACUGUGUCAACAGAACUGCAGUUGAUGACGAGCCACUUAAUCUUCUAAAGAUUACUUGCCCAAGUGUUGAAGGAAAUAAAAACUUCUCCAAUGCUGGCAAUCAGGUUACUGACCCUGAUGUCUGGAAUGUGGAUCAUAUGCAUCAUUCUCCUUCAUUUGUUCUUGAGACUUUUGCUCCAAAAAUGCUGGUUUGUGAAAGUGACUCAAGAGACCUACAAGAGGCUAUGGCUGAUAAACAUCCUAACAGCUCCAAGUCCUGGGGAAGAGGUCAGAAAAACUGAUGAAAACAUUGCAAAUUGAAGUGUCAGCAAACAAACAGAACUCGUUUUUAAACCUUAGGAAAAUCUCGGCU